AUGGCGGCAGAGACGCCYGCUCCGAGCGGCACCAGUGACAGCCCACGGGCACCCGGCGCCGCGGCGGUCCAAGACAGUAUUUUUUGCUCUGAAGAAGAUAACAGUCUGUAUUUCACGUACAGUGGAAAAUCAAAUGUCCUUGAGGUCAGAGAACUCAACUACCAGGUUAAUUUGGCAACCCAGAUUCCCUGGUAUGAGAAUCUAGCACAGAUGAGGAUGCCUUGGGCCUGCAACUCCGGGCCGGAUUCUCACGUGUCCAUAAUCCAGAACCUGAAUUUAAAAGUUCAAAGCGGCCAGAUGCUGGCAAUUAUAGGAAGCACGGCUGGUGGAAAAACGUCCCUGCUUGAUGUGAUAACCUGUCGGGAUCACGGAGGCAAAAUCAGCUCGGGUCAAAUCCUGAUCAACGACAAACCCAGCACUCCCCAGCUGGUGAAGAAAUGCAUCGCCUACGUGCACCAGGACGACCGGCUGCUCCCCCACCUGACUGUCCAGGAAACGCUGCUGUUCGUGGCCAAGCUGCGCCUCCCAAAGCAUUUCUCAGACUCUCAGAGGAAAAAAAGGGUGGCCGACGUGGUGGCGGAGCUGCGGCUGCGCCCGUGCGCCCACACGCGCGUGGGCAACGAGUACGUGCGCGGCGUGUCCGGCGGCGAGCGCCGCCGCGUCAGCAUCGGCGUCCAGCUCCUCUGGAACCCGGGAAUACUGAUACUGGAUGAACCCACGUCUGGACUGGACAGUUUUACUGCUCAUAACCUUGUGAUCACGUUAUCCAGGCUGGCCAGAGGAAACAGAUUAGUUCUCCUUUCUGUUCACCAGCCCCGGUCAGAUAUCUUUCAGCUUUUUGAUUUAGUUCUGCUGCUGACUUCUGGAGUCACUGUCUAUUCUGGAACAGCUAGAGACAUGGUCCAGUAUUUCACAGAACUAGGCUAUCCCUGCCCCAAGUACAGCAAUCCUGCCGAUUACUACGUUGAUCUGACCAGCAUCGACAAACAGAACGCAGAAAAGGAGAUGGAAAGCCAAAGAAGAGCCAAUGCUCUUGCCAGYUUGUUCCUAGAGAAAGUCAAAGGCUUCGAUAAUUUCUUAUGGAAAGUUACUGAAGGAAACGACAGUGUCACCACCUCCAGCAAACAAAGUUCCCAUGGAAAUGCAGAGGAGUCUAUUAACAUGCCUUCCCAUUCGAGUGACCACUUACCAGGAGCCCUAAAGCAGUUCACAGUAUUAUUAAGUCGUCAAGUCUCCAAUGACUUCCGAGAUCUUUCAACGCUAUUAAUCCAUGGAUUUGAGGCCCUUCUCAUGUCAUUACUGAUUGGAUUUUUGUACUAUGGCCAUGAUAAAAACAGACUUUCUAUUCGUGACACAACAGCACUGUUGUACAUGAUAGGUGCACUAACCCCAUUCACAGUGAUUUUGGAUGUUAUUGCCAAAUGUCAUUCAGAAAGAGCGAUGCUUUAUCAUGACUUGGAGGAUGGAAUGUAUUCUGUGAGCCCAUACUUCUUUGCCAAGAUCUUGGGGGAGCUGCCAGAGCACUGCGCUUUUGUGAUCAUUUAUGGGAUUCCCAUCUACUGGCUGGCAAACCUGAACCCGGAGCCRGAGCAUUUCCUCAUGAACUUCCUCAUGGUGUGGCUGGCCGUGUACUGCGCCCGCACCAUGGCGCUCUGGGUGGCCGCGCUGCUGCCCACCUUGCAGCUCUCGGCCUUCUUCGGCAACGUCCUCUUCACCUCCUUCUACCUGAGCGGCGGCUUUGUCAUCAGCCUGAAGAACCUCUGGACAGUUCCAUUCUGGAUUUCCAAAAUAUCUUUUCUGAGAUGGAAUUUUCAAGGCCUGAUGCAAGUUCAGUUUAACGAAUUCACCUAUGAAGUGGCUAUUGGAAACAYUACCCUUCGCAUACCCGGAAAACUAGUAAUUCAGUCUCUGGACCUGGAUUCUCAGCCUCUCUAUGUGAGCUACCUCAUCCUCACGGGGAUCAUCCUCAUCUUCCUCAUUCUGUAUUACCUGUCGCUGAGGUUCAUCAAGCAGAAAUCACAUCAGAACUGGUAACAGCGAAACACGUAGCGGAGUACAGGGUCCCUUGCCCAAAAGCACUCAUCUUUGCUCCUCYUGGAAAGCACCCAAGCUUAUUUUCUGCAGCCUUCGGAGAUGUCACUAAUUCCUGCUAGCAGGAGCAGGUAUGUGCACAGUGUGCAGGACUGAAGUGAGUCCUGGGAGCCACAGGAUGGCAGCAGAACUCCAACAGUGCCGAGGCGGCUCGUGCUCCCGGGCUCCCACCGCACUGCAGCCGACACCGGAACCCRGACCGAGACUCCCAGUUCUGUUUUUCACAUACGGCUUCAUAGGUGGCAAGGCACGUCCGAGGCAUCUACAGCUUGUAACAGGCUGAGCUGUGGGCCCGGGAUUCGGAAGGGCCUGUCCCAGUUUAUGAUAGCCGAGGUCUUAGCUGAUAUUUUUGGAAUGUAUAGGGAUCAUGUACUGAAGUAAGGAACCUGCGAGAGCAGCAGUAUUGGCACAUCCGACAGCACUUUGUUUCUGUAGCAAGUAUUAAAUUCAGCACUCACACAGAAUGAUGCAGAGAAGAAGAACACGGAGAGAGAAAUUCACUAAAGYUUCAGGAGAACCUGUAUAGGCAAGGACAGAAAACAAAUAUUAAUUAUUCUGUGUUGCUUAUCAUUGCUCAAGAGCUUUAAGAUUUUGUCUGUAUUCUUCCACUUAGGUGCUAUUGAUGCCCCAAAUAAGUAWUUCCUCAUUGUAUCAACUAUUUCUUGUAUAGAUAAAAUUAUCUUAUCUUCUUGUAUCCAUUUUUAAGUAUAAAUGCACAAAAAAAUGACCGUACUGCUCAUGCUUUUCUCCACACUGGUACCCAAUGYAGCAAUUUGCCAGCAUUGGUUCCUACCUCCAGUGGAAAACAUCAAACCUUUSCACCCACUAAGGAUCUAUGGCACAAUCCAUGCAAUGCUUGUAAUCCCGCACCUACCUGUGUGUAAUCAGAAGCCAAGUGCUCAGAGAAUUAGAGAAGAGCAGAUCAACSGCCAUAAUUCAUGUCUGGUCACGGUGAGCACACAUGCAAAUUAGGUGCUUAGUGGUGCAAACAUUUUAUAUGAUUGGGCUGCUGGUUUUGUAACGUUCGUGUGCAUCGCUGUGCGUGUGAAUACAUCUGAAAACUCCCAAGUGCAUCUUCUCCUUCCAUGUGCUUCCAUGUGCUGUGCACACUCAGAACUCCUGCCUAGCCGGCUGUCUAGCGCCCUCGACAGUGUUACGUGAAGCUGAUUUUUUUAAAAGAAGAAAUAAAAAUGAAACCCCACCCAUGUUGUAUUACUUCCACUUGGCAAGUAGGGCUGCCCCAUUGCUUGCCACAGAGGACACACGAGACUCCAUUCUGAGGAAGACUCUAGACUAAAGACUUGGAGUAAGUCUGAAAGAAACCACCAGCUCCAGC